CGCUUCGUCACUCGUUGUCCAUUGAAAUUCUCAAAAUCCCAAGCUUUAUUUUGUUUCUCUUCCGCACAGUCGCAGAGCUCGGCGUUCCACAACCAGCGACGAGAGAACGGCAGCCAUUUCUAUCUCUUUUGCUAUUUCUCGAAGUUUUUUAAGCUUUAUUUUGAAUCGAUGGCGUCCAAGUUGCAUCAGUUGCAAUCCAAGGCCUGUCAAGCUUCACAAUUUGCUUUCAAGCACGGGUCUUCCUAUUAUAAGCAGUUGUUGGAGCAGAACAAGCAAUACAUCCAAGAGCCAGCUACUGUGGAAAAAUGCAGCUUGCUUUCAAACCAAUUGUUGUAUACUCGGCUUGCUAGCAUCCCAGGUCGCUAUGAAUCAUUCUGGAAAGAACUUUAUUAUGUGAAGAACUUAUGGAAGAACAGGCAGGAGCUGAAAGUUGAAGACGCCGGCAUUGCUGCCUUGUUUGGGCUGGAGUGCUUUGCAUGGUUUUGCGCCGGUGAGAUCGUAGGAAGGGGCUUUACAAUCACAGGUUAUUAUGUCUGAGAUCGUCCUCAGUAAUUUGUGGAAGGGAUAUUCCCUUUUCUUUCCCGCGGGUACUCCGCAUACAAUUUUUUUUUUCCUAUUAAUUGAGGAUUCUGUGAGCAACUGUGAUAGAGAUUAAUAAUAAUAAUCCAUGAAUUCCGAGGGACCAUAAUGCA